AUGAUGCUAGCCGUUGUCUUCUUCUUGUUGCUAAUUCAGCAAAUCUAUGGAUCAUCCUAUACCGUGAAAAUGAACGAAGUUGACGUCAAUUGCAUUAAGGAGUCAAAGAAAUUAUCGUCGCUUCCAAUUCAAAUUAUUGCUUUUAACAUAUGGAAUAACGAAUUAUCUCUUCCUGGUGCACUCGAUCUUUCAAUGACAAUCAAUGUUACGAAGAAACUCAGUGAUAAGAUACAAUUUUCAACUAAAGUCGAAAGAAAAUUCGGAUCUGCUUGGCUCGAUCUACCAUGUUUGGCGGGUAUUGGUGCAUGUGACAAAUUAUCGUUUUGUGAUCUCAUCAAACAGGCCUGUCAGAGCAAAAGUCUUAUUCGAGCCAAUGCGAAGAAUGCCUCGAAUCCAUGUUCUUGUGACCUUGAUACUGGUAUAUACACGUUUGAACACGUGCCUAUGAAAAUUAAGCGAAAGAAAAGUGCGAAACUUGUGAAACCGAUGACGACUGGAACGUAUCGAUUCAAGAUCAAAUUUUUUGAACCAAAAACGAAAGCACCCGUGGGUUGUGUGAAUGGCUAUUUAACAUUGUUUAAAGCCAAUAAAUUUCUAUAA